AGCAUUGUUUAUAAGCAUCUAUAACAGGGAAAGGAGAAUAAUCAUUGUAAAGUUUAAAGGGAAGGAGAGAAAAGAUAAAGAGAUUGUUCAAGAGCGUGGAUCAAGGGCUCAUCAAUGGAGCAGCAAAAUUCGCAGAUGGUACGACUGAUCAGUUACAAUAGUAGUCCUAUGGCUGAAGACAAGGAGGAAGACAUUUCGGCUCUGUCUGCAUUUCGGACUAUGGAGGAAGAGAUUAAGAAGAAGAAAAUGGAGGUUAGCAUGAAGGUUCAGGCUCAAUUGGGCCGUGUUGAGGAAGAAACCAAGCGAUUGGCUGAAAUUCGCGAGGAGCUUGAAGGUCUCGCGGAUCCAAUGAGAAAAGAAGUUGCAUUUGUACGUAAAAGGAUUGAUUUGGUUAACAGAGAAUUAAGGCCACUAGGACAAAGCUGCCUGAAAAAGGAAAAAGAAUACAAAGAAGCACUUGAGGCUUUCACCGAAAAGAACAAGGAAAAAGCUCAACUAGUAACCAAACUGAUGGAGAUGGUGAGCGAAAGCGAGAGAGUGAGGAUGAAAAAGCUGGAGGAGUUGAGCAAGAACAUAGAUUCCCUUCACUGAAUCUUGUCCAGGGCAACCAGUUAACUCAGUACCCUUUGCAGUAUGUUAUAUUAGUAGAGAUGUUUCUUCAUUGUAUCGUGUAUUCGUCUGCAAUUCCAUCCGAGGUGGUUGCUUUUAUUUUCUUUGUCUUCUCGGAUGACACUAAUCCCAUUAGAGUCUGAACCAGAUUUUUUAGGUGUGCGUCGCCUUGUUUUGAAAUUUUUCGUUUUGUUUUUACUGCAACAAAGUUGUCAAGUAGUAUCAACCUAUUCUCAGAAUAAGGUGGAGCAAGCACUGGUGUGGAUCUUCAUGAAGUUGUUGAUGAUAUUUUCAUUUUGUUUAGUUUUCUUUUGUUACAUUCUUCUGAUGUUAUUGUAUCUGUAUAUAAUCCUAAUAUAUUUCAAAUCCUUUUUAUGAUAA